CAGGUGGGCGGGUCUUUGUGGGUAGGCUCUAUCAACAGUAUGGCGGACGAUGGCGACAAUUCGAGUGGAGCAGUUGACACUAGUGGCGGGCAGAGAACUUCAGAGGAGUCUGACGGGUUCAGUAUUAGCGGGAUGCUGUUAAAUUUAAGUAUUUUAGUUUUAGUGGUUACGAUCUGCUAUGUUAUUUAUCGGCGAUGGGGUAAACGGAUUGGUGCUGACGCGGCCCAGGCARGCGAGGCCUCAUCUCUUCCAAAGAUGAGAAGACGUGAUUUCACUUUGGAGCAACUUGGGGAAUACGAUGGACUUCAAAACCCCCGGAUCAUGAUGGCAGUUAAUAUGAAAGUAUUCGAUGUUACCACCGGCAAAAAGUUUUAUGGUCGAGACGGUCCAUAUGGUAUCUUUGCGGGCCGGGAUGCAUCGAGGGGUCUGGCCACGUUCUGUUUGGAGAAAGAUGCCCAGGAGGAGUAUAUGAACCUGUCAGACCUCAACGCUGUUCAGAUGGAGUCAGUCAGAGAGUGGGAGAUGCAGUUCAUGGAAAAAUAUGAUUAUGUUGGUCGGCUAUUAAAGCCCGGGGAUGAGCCUUCAGAAUACACGGAUGAAGAGGACAUCAAGGACCACCUGAAACAUGACUGAACUGUUGCCCUGUUCUGUUCACACCACCAACCAAAGCC